AUGUCAAGGGCACUUUGUCGCUACAGCAAACGUCUAUGUAGAACUUUUCAGCUUUCGAAUCUUUGCCAAACUCGACUCAUUUCAUCCCAUAUCAAUGCUGCCGAGCUUCGUUUCGGACAGCCUCUCCAUGAGACCCAUCCACACCUGCUUCAAGCUGGUGAAGGUAGACACCAUCCGUAUCGCAGAGAAGGGAAUGUUCCAUUGACAACCUACCGUCCAGUCACACCAGGCAUCACUGCACUCGAAUAUGCACAAAGAAGAACGAAGCUCGCGGCACAACUGCCGGCCAACGCGAUAGCAGUAGUUGCUGCAUCGGAUGUUGUAUUCCGCACAGGACAUGUUUUCUACAACUUUCAUCAAGAUCCAGAUUUCUUCUACCUGACGGGUUUCAAUGAACCGGAAGCAUUGGCUGUAAUUGGCAAAGCCUCAUCCAACGAUGACCACGUCUUCUAUCUCUAUGUUCGAGAAAAAGAUCCCAAAGCAGAGAUCUGGGAUGGCGCCCGCUCCGGGACACAAGCUGCUCUGGACGUAUUCAACGCGGACGAGACAGGCGAUAUCAGCAACCUGAAGAGGUUUCUGACUCCCCUCGUCGAAGACGCAUCCCACAUCUAUACCGACAUAACCAGCCUCCCUACCCCCACAUCCACAUUCCUCGAAUUCCUCCGCGGCCCCUCCAAACCCUCCCCAGGCUUCUCCGAGCUGAUCUCAACCAAGAAAACAAAGCCCCUCCGACCACUCCUAAACGAUCUCCGGAUCCAGAAAAGCCCCUCCGAAAUCCACAACAUGCGCAAAGCCGGACAAGCCGCUGGCCGGGCCUUCACCUCCGCAAUGCGCCACCACUUCACCCGCGAGUCCCACCUCGACGCCUUCCUAGCCUACCAGUUCCGCAUGAACGGCUGCGACAGACCGGCCUUCGAACCUGUCGCCGCCGGCGGCCCCAAUGCCCUGAGCAUCCACUACGUGCGCAAUGACUCGCUCCUGCACGCUGGCAACCUCGUCCUCGCCGACGCGGGCGGCGAAUACGCCGGCUACGUCUCAGACAUCACACGCACCUGGCCUGUUGACGGCAAAUUCACCCCUCCGCAACGCGAUCUCUACGACGCCGUUCUAACCGUGCAACGUUCCUGCAUCAGGGAAUGCAGAGCCGACACUCAUACCUCGCUCGAGCUACUACACCAAAAAGCGGAACGCGAACUGAAAGAUGCUUUAAGGCAGUUAGGUUUCGAUAUGUCCGGGAAUGCUAUCAACGUCCUCUUCCCGCACCACUUGUCGCAUUACCUGGGCCUGGAUCUGCAUGACUGUAUUGGAUACAGCAAGAAAGCGAAAUUGAAGGCCGGGCAUUGCCUCACGGUUGAGCCGGGCGUGUAUGUGCCGAGUGGGGAUGAGAGGUUCCCCAGGCGUUUUUGGGGGAUGGGGGUGAGGAUUGAGGAUAGUGUUUGUGUCUUGGAUGGAGAUGGAGAUGCAGAUGUGGGGAAUGGUGAAGGGGGCGUGGGCCCGUUGGUGUUGACGGCGGAGGCGGUCAAGGAAGUGGAGGAUAUUGAGGCGUUGAGAUGA